CAUAAAUAUUUAAAUAUGUUAAUAUUAAUUGAGACUCCUGCUGGAUUUGCUCUUUUUCAAGUGGCUAACACUAAGGCACUUAAUAAAAUUGAAAAUAUCUACGAUUACUUGUAAAACGAGAAGCAAGCUAAAAAAUUGUAAGGAUUCACAUAUAUUAUUUAUAUAGGAUAACACCAUUUGCUUUUCAGCAAUUUAAAGACACAUAGGAAGCUCUUAUAGCCACUAGUAAGCUUAUUAAUGGUAAGAUUCCUAAGAAACUAAGUAAGUUUUUGGAAAAGAAUGUUAUUUCACAGGAAGUCUAAGAUUAAAUUGCAGGUAUCAAAAGAUUUUAUAUAAAUAUAGUUUAAGAUAAAAAACUUGCUAAAUAGCUUUAAGAAUAGUUGGGAUUGAAUUGCAUUCAAACCCCAGUGACUGAAUAAUUGUUUAGAGGCAUUAAAUCAUAACUCACCAAUUUAAUUGAAGGCCUUUCUGAAGCCGAACUUAAAAACAUGACACUGGGUUUAGCUCAUGGUCUUUCUAGAUAUAAGUUAAAAUUUUCAACUGAAAAAGUGGACACCAUGAUUAUUCAAGCUAUUGCUCUUCUUGAUGAUUUGGAUAAAGAAAUUAAUAAUUACAUGAUGAGACUUAGAGAAUGGUUUGGAUGGCAUUUUCCAGAAUUAGGAAAAAUAAUUACUGAUAACUUGAUAUAUGCUAAGGUUGUUAAAGCCAUAGGUAUGAGGAUCAAAACAAGUUAGACUGAUCUUUCUGGCAUCUUACCUGAUAAUUUAGAGGCAGAUGUUAAAUAAGCUGCAGAAGUAUCUUUCGGAACAGAAAUCACAGUAGAAGAUGAAAAAUUCAUUCUAUGUUUGGCUGAUUAAGUCAUUGAGUUAACUGAUUACAGAGCUUAAUUAUCAGAAUAUUUGAAAAACAGAAUGUAAGCUAUCGCUCCAAAUCUUACAACAAUGGUUGGAGAAUUAGUAGGAGCUAGAUUAAUUUCUCAUGCUGGAUCAUUAGUUAAUUUAGCUAAAUAUCCAGCCUCUACAGUUUAAAUUUUAGGAGCUGAAAAGGCACUUUUUAAAGCUAUUAGAACCAAACAUAAUACACCAAAAUAUGGUUUAAUCUUUUAAGCCAGUUUAGUUGGAAGUGCUCCAGCUAAAUUAAAAGGUAAAGUUUCCAGAACAUUAGCUGCUAAAACAGCCUUAUGUAUUAGAUAUGAUGCUUUAGGUAUAUUUUGUUAUAAACUUAUUCUAGGUGAAGGAUAAGAUGCUGAAUUUGGUAUUACUAACAAAACCUUCUUAGAAAAAAGAGUCCACUAAUUAGAAGAAGGUGUUAAUUAUAGAGAUGUGAAAGCUCCAUAAAGAGGAAAAGCUAGACCAGUUUCUACUUAAGCAUAAUAUUAAGAAGAGGCAGACUUUUAACCUUAAGGGGCUACAUGGAUGUAGAAAUUCUAAAAAGGAGAAGAUAAAAGAUAACCAGAAUAAGAUCUACCAUAAAACUCUAAAUUCAAGAAGGUGAAAUAGUAAUGAAAGUACAUUAUGUAUAAAAUAAAAAACUCC